AAGUUUGGACUCUCUCUGACUCUGUAGUUGAAGAGUGUGAUAACACAGCGUGACUGUCACACCCGCUGUAAACAAAGUUUCUCUUCUUGCAGGAAAAAUGCGGCGGCUUACUUUUAGUUUUGUUCUACUGUACUUCACAGUAUGCCUAUCCGAAAAUGUGGCAAGUCCAAUUCAGGCCUUUGUCAUUCCCCACAGUCAUAUGGAUGUUGGCUGGGUGUACACUGUUCAGGAGAGUAUGCAUGCCUACGCUGCAAAUGUCUAUACCACCGUGGUAGAGGAACUGUCGCGAGUGAAGCAUCGGAAGUUCAUCGCUGUAGAGCAAGAGUUCUUCCGCAUUUGGUGGGACACAGUGGCCAGCGGACAACAUAAGAAACAAGUUAGACAGCUUUUACGAGACGGUCGUCUGGAGUUCAUUAUUGGAGGCCAGGUGAUGCACGAUGAGGCUGUCACGGAUCUAGACGACGCCAUCCUUCAACUGACAGAGGGCCAUGGCUUCCUUUAUGAGACCUUUGGAGUUCGGCCACGCUUCUCAUGGCACGUCGACCCAUUUGGGGCAUCCGCCACCACGCCCGUCCUUUUCGCCCUAGCAGGAUUCCACGCACACCUCAUAUCACGCAUUGACUAUGACCUCAAAAGCAACAUGCAGAAAAACAAGGGGCUGCAGUUUGUGUGGAGAGGUUCCCCUUCUUUAGGUGAGAAGCAAGAGAUCUUCACCCACACCAUGGACCAGUUCAGCUACUGCACCCCGUCCUACCUACCCUUCUCCAACAUGUCAGGAUUCUACUGGAAUGGUGUGGCGUUGUUCCCUGAUCCCCCUAAAGAUGGAGUCUACCCCAACAUGAGCGUACCCGUCUUAGAUAGCACUUUGGAACCUUAUGCCCAGACCAUGGUGGACAACAUUAAACAGAGGGCUCAGUGGUUCAGGACCAACCAUUUGCUCUGGCCUUGGGGCUGUGAUAAGCAGUUCUACAAUUCGUCAGUCCAGUUCUCCAACAUGGACGUUUUGGUGGAUUACAUUAACCAGCACAGCGACAAGUUCGGAGUAACAGUUCAGUAUGCCACCCUCAGCGAGUACUUCCAAGCUGUCCACCAGUCAAACCUCACCUGGGAAGUGAGAGGAGAUCAGGAUUUCCUACCAUACUCUACUGAACCAUUUCAGGCCUGGACAGGAUUCUAUGCCUCCAGGAACAUUCUGAAGGGGGUGGCAAGGAAAGCCAGCUCCCAGCUUCACGCUGUAGAAACUCUCUUUGUUCGGUAUCACAUAUCUUAUCCAGAAGGACCAGUGACAACAGAUUGGGCCCUAGAAAAGCUGAGGGCCUUAAGAUGGGCUGUCUCAGAGGUUCAGCACCAUGAUGGCAUCACUGGGACAGAAUCACCAAAGGUCGCUGACAUGUAUAUGGAGCAUCUCACCCAAGGCAUGAUGGGAGUUGAGGAGCUGCUGGCGGCCAUUUUUCUUUUACCUCAGUCCCUUGGUACUUUUCAGAACAUGCAUAAACUCCAGCCAGAUCUCUCAAAAGACCUUGAGCAGCACAUUAUUGUCUACAAUCCUCUGGCCUGGAACAUCACCACUUACAUCAACCUCACAGUUACAUUCCCAAUGGCUCUGGUGUUCGAUGAGUCUGGAAAGGCAGUUCUGGCACAGAUCCAAGAAAAAGCUAAUUCCACCUCAGAAUAUGACCUUUUCAUUGUGGCUGAGCUGGGAGGGCUCCAGUUCCGGAAAUAUCUCAUCAAGUUCUCCUCGUGUCCGGGCUCCACCAGGUGUGGCAUGACUUACACGGCGAAAUUGGUGAAAUUCGGCAGACGGAACAUCAACCAGUGGAGAAGGACGGGCAGGAAACUCCUGCCCAUCUUCAGCGACUGUCAUAAACUGUUGUUUGACCAGGAGACAAACCUGCUACACAGCAUCACGGACAGGCACAAGCAAAGAAAAGUGAGGAUAACGCAGGACUUCUGGGAGUAUGAGUCCAAUGGAGACGUGCACAAAGGCCCAAUCUCAGACAAUUACAUCUUCAGCACCAACACCUCUGCUGUGCCUGCCUACAAAGCCGUCUCCAUGGAGAUCAUUCCUGGCAAGGUCAUCUCGGAGAUCCGACAGUACUUUUAUAGAGAUUUGAAGGACGAAGACUAUGCUUACUCUGUGGUCACCAGAGUUCCCACCGGCCUGAAGGACAAGCACCUUUGCCAAAGGCUGGAACAGAGGUACUCAGUGGGCCCCCUAGUGGUCAACCGAGAGGUUGUCCUGAUGACCAGAACCGGUCUGAAAAAUAACAGAACCAUCUUUACUGACAACAAUGGCUAUCAGAUGAUGAAGAGGACAUAUAAGGCCUUUGCCAACAACUCUAUCCCCAGGAACUACUAUCCAGUGGUGCGAACGGCCUACAUUGAGGAUGAUUCCAGCAGACUUGUUGUCCUCACUGAACGAGCCCAUGGGGUGUCCAGUCAAAGCGACGGCCAGCUGGAGGUGAUGCUGCACAGGCGUCUGUGGAAUAACCAGGAGUGGAAUCGCGGGUACAACCUGACCCUGAAUGACUCCUCCGUGGUCCAGCCAGUCCUGUGGCUAAUGCUGGGGUCGGCAGCCGCAACUGCAUCACUCUACCAUCGGGAGGCGCUAGAGCUUCAGCACAGGCCUGUGGUUAUGGCCAUAGGUAGACCACAGAAGCCAUGGAAGCAACAGGAGCCAUGGACCAGUCCGCCUGUUCGGCCUGUGGUGCUGCCCAGUAACCUUCACCUGCAGACCCUCAGUGUCCCAGGCUGGGCUUACAGCCCCAACCACACGAAGAACCAGCAAAACAUGGAGCCAGGUAAAAAUCAGCCAGUGCCUGAUUACAACCGGAUAUUGCUGAGGAUCAUGCACCUCUAUGAAACUGGCGAGGACCCAGAGCUCUCCAAGCCCACCACCAUAAACCUAAAGGAGGUCUUGCAGGGCAUUGGUGAGGUGAAGGAGGUGAGGGAGCGCUCUCUCACAGGAACCUGGGAUAUCUCAGACCUUCAGAGGUGGAAGUGGGAGACUUCUGGAGAAAUAGAUAAAAAUGAUGGAGUAAGAAACUUUGAUGGUGUGACCAAGGACUUCAGUGUAACCAUAUCACCCAAGGAGAUCAGAACCUUCUUUAUCCACUUUAAAUAGACUGCACAUGUUUGUUUUGUCAUCUUCUGAGAAGAUUGCUGAUAUAUUGCACUUUAGAUGUGGAUAUAAAAAUUCACUCUUUUCUGAUUAACACUUGAGGUAGUUUUUUGUCAAUUCUUGUCAAGAUCUUGUCAAUUUAGACUCUCAUCGAUUUUGUAUUCGGUCUUUUUCUGUCAAUUUUGAAAUCUGUUUUUACAAUAAAUGUAAAUAAGUGCUGCAGUAAAUUAAAAAAUGUUUGACACAACA